AUGUGGUGGGAUAACGACACGAUCGAUCGGACUGUCACGCGGUCCUUCGUCUGCAGCCACCUCAUCCCCGCCGAGAUCGAACGUCUUGAUCGGCCCCUGGGUUUUGGCGAUGGCUUGACGGACGGAACCUAUUGGGAAUGGAUUGAUGAGAAAGCCAAGAGGAUAUUCCUGCUUCUCGUUGACUUCGGGAUGCCUGACCAGAUAUUUGGACUCAUCGACAACUCGUGGGGCGAUGAAGAUCUCCCCAUCGCUCUCGAUCAGGUGGGACGGUUGGGAUUGCCGGCUUCAAAAGACGGGAGAUUCGAGAGGAGAUUCUUCGCUAGACAGUUCCACUACCUCCUGCGGCCGCUUCAGAAGGGUGAGCAUCUCUUCUACCAGGAGGAUGAUGUUGUCCCAUUGGAUGUCUUCGACAAGAAGCACGUAUCAAGUCAGAGUCAACACGCAGAUAAAGUCGUGCUGCCCAACCAACCAGGCAUGGUGUUCUGUCGCCGUCGGAUUCCCCUCGGGCCCGGCCAUCUCAGUCAUGAGGACUUCCUCUGCGAGAUCGACGGCAUCAAGAACGUGCAGAACGUCCACCUACUCUCGUACUGGGCUUCUUAUUUUCAUCGCGAAUAUGGAUAUGUCAUAUUCACACCAGCAGCCGAUUUCUCUCUCAAGUCUCUGCUUUCGUCCACACCCAGCAAUGUGAAGAACAUGGACAAGAAGGAUCGCCGGCAGCUAGUCAUCGACUGGAUCCACUGCCUGGUCGACACGCUUUGUUACAUCCACAGCCGAGGACUCUCGCAUGGGAACAUCAAGCCGUCGACCGUCUUAUUCACAAGCGACAACCACGUCUUGCUUUCGGACUUCACUCGCUUGAAUGCCGACCUCUGGGGAAGUGGGACAGACAAUUUCGACAAGGAGGCAUACGACUACGCAGCUCCUGAGCAGUGGUUCAGACCGACUUCGGCCGCAACAGACCCGGCUCACCGCACCGCGACGGAUCGUGGCCAUAAGAACGCUCCCACGCCACACCUCAACCCGCAGGCCGCUGAUGUAUUCUCACUAGGCUGCAUCAUCCUGGACCUUCUCAGCUUCCUCCUUAAGAAGCAUGGGCGGCCCUUUGCAGCACACCGCGCCGCGAAGCCCAAGGGCACCAGCCGCGGUGGCGCCGUGCGAGACUCUUCGUUCCACAAGAACUUGGGCCAGGUGGAAAGCUGGAUGACGCAGCUUGCCAGAGACGCCGCCAAGAAAGAAGAGCCUGAGUUCAGGGGCAUGCUGCCCAUGCUGCACGUGGUUGAGCGGAUGCUGGCACCGCAUCCCUCAGACCGGCCGGCCGCCAAAGACGUCCAAGCAAGGAUGUACCAGAUCAUCACCGAGUCGUGCGGAAUCUCGGAGCCACAUUGCGUGCAUCAGUAUGGCGGCUGGGACUUUGGCAUUGGGAACCUCAAACUUGGCCCUCCGACGCUGGAAGGAGGAGACGGCUACGACUUGGUGUCGAUCCCGACAAGGCGGUACAGUAAUCCCUGGAGCGGUAACCAUAGGCGGAACGGCAGCAGCGGCGGGAGUGCCCGGGCAAGUUCUAGCGGAAGUGGAAGUCAGGGCCUCUAUACGCGCUGA